GGAAAUUGAAACGGAAAAGUAGGUCGUCGGUAUUGAUUUUUACAAUAUUCGGCAAACAAAAGACGUAGCUUGCUUUGUGUGAUACAGUAAAAUAAAUUCACUGAUCCAGUGCGAGCAGAGCCACCGAAAUGCCUGACGCGGAGCUGAGUGCACCGACCGUCGAAAAUGUACGAGUGGUGGUUCGAGUCCGGCCGAUGGACUCGCGGGAGAAGCUCGACGGCUCUUACAACUGUGUGUCGGUAGACGCCGUCAACCAGACCAUCGCGGUCACCAGGAACAAUGUCACUCCGCCGGAGCCCCCGCGGGUCUACGGCUACGACUCGGUCUUCGAUAGUAACACUAGUCAGAUGGACAUUUACGUGCAAACGGCCAGCCCGAUAGUGGAAGAGGUCCUGAAGGGCUACAAUGGCACUAUAUUCGCGUACGGGCAGACUGGCACGGGGAAGACUUACACCAUGGCUGGGACUAAUUCUGCCCCUGAACUGCGAGGCAUCAUACCUAAUUCUUUUGCCCAUAUAUUCAGCCAUAUCGCCAAGGCAAAAGAUGACGAGAAGUUCUUAGUAUGCGUGACCUAUUUGGAGAUAUACAAUGAAGAGGUGCGCGAUCUGUUGGGGAAUAAUCCCCACCAGAGCCUCGAAGUGAAGGAGCGGCCCGACAUCGGCGUUUUUGUCAAAGAUCUCACCGGCUACGUGGUACACAACGCAGACGAGCUUGAGAAGAUAAUGGCGGUCGGUAAUAAGAACCGGCACAUCGGCGCCACCGCCAUGAAUACGGAGAGUUCACGGUCGCACGCGAUCUUCUCCAUCACGGUGGAGAGCAGCAAGCGAGGUGCCGACGGGAAGAUGCACGUCAAGAUGGGGAAACUGCACCUUGUUGACUUGGCGGGUUCAGAACGUCAAAGCAAAACCCACGCGACCGGCACACGAUUGAAAGAAGCGACGAAGAUCAACCAGUCUCUGUCGGUGCUCGGAAACGUGAUAUCUGCACUAGUGGACGGAAAGAGUACCCACAUACCGUACAGAAACUCGAAGCUGACGAGGUUGCUGCAGGACUCACUCGGUGGGAACUCCAAGACUGUUAUGAUAGCUACAAUCGGUCCAGCAGAGUGCAAUUAUGUGGAGACGAUCAGCACUUUGCGAUAUGCCAACCGCGCCAAGAAUAUUGAGAACAAGACACAUGUGAACAGCGAGCCCGGGGACGCCCUGCUUACCAGGUUUCAACAAGAGAUCGAUCAACUUAAGAAACAAUUGGAAGAGAAUACUAAUGAAAUCGAGGAAGAAUGCGAAGAAGAGGAGGUGUCUGAAGAAGAACUGUCGGAGGAGACCCUCACCGAGUCGGAGCUGGACGGCCUCGACCCUGAGGAGAAGAAACUGCGUCGCAAGAUGAGACGGGAGGAGAAGGAGAAACUGAAUAAGGAGAAGGCCCACCAGGCACGGAAGGUGCUUGAGGAAAAGAAGGCGGAGCUCCAGAGGACCAAGAAACAACAAGAAGAGUUGAAGGACAAGCUGCAACGUCUGGAGUCCAAAGUGCUGGUCGGUGGCGAGAAUCUGCUAGAUAAAGCGGAGACACAACGGCAGCUGCUGGAACAAGCGUCCCGCGAGAUCGAACAGCGGCGGCUGAUCGAACUGCAACUGCAGGAAGAUUUGCACAAGAAGGAGGCCGAGCGUCUAGACUUGGAAGAGCGCUACUCGAGUUUGCAAGAAGAGAACGCAGCCAAAACACGCAAGCUCAAACGAGCGGUGCAACUGCUCAACUCCGCCAAAGCGGAGCUGGCGGACCAGCAGCGUGAACAGCAACGGGAGAUGGAGGGCAUCCUGGACGGGGUACGAGCCCUGCGGAGGGAGAUUCAGCUGGCAGAUUUGGUCCUCGACUCGUAUAUACCCAAGGAAUAUCAGGCGUUGAUCGAGCAGUACGUGCACUGGAACGAGCAGUUGGGCGAGUGGCAAGUCAAGUGCGUCGCCUACACCGGAAACAACAUGGCGCCGCACCAACACCACCAGCAACACUCGCAACAACACAAACACAUGGAGCCGCCGGAUUUGUCUGACCGGUAUCUGUCGUACAGUCGAGUGAACACGCGGCCCGGUACUCGACUAGCUCGCCCCCAGACUUCGUCCGUGCCGCGCCCGCACACGGCGCUACGACAGCGCCAGUAGCGUGAACGUUUAUGUAACACAUAACAAUUGCCGGUCAGGACGGCGCCGAUUACGAGCAUCGCCUGUGAGCGAAAUCGUAUUUAAAUAAAUACUUUUCAAAAAUAAGCUAAGUCUUUACACAAUACCAAUACGUUCUUUCACGUGCGAUUAGGAGCGCGGGAAGACCAGCGCGCGCAACCGUGAGGUAUUGCGUUUUACAAUUUUGUGUUCACUCUUUCGCGCGU